AAUCCCGUCUUCGUCAACUCCCCCCCAACACCUCACAAAGACCAAGUCACCACCACUCACCACCCCUCUUCUUCAUUAUUUCCCCCAAAAUCUCAAUUCCCAUUUCAUUCAUUCACUCUCUCAAAACCCUAAAAAAAAAAAUCAAAAAAGAACACAUGGCUGACAUAGUCAAACAGAUCCUCGCAAAACCAAUUCAGCUAGCCGAUCAAGUCAUCAAAUUCGCCGAUGAAGCAAUUAACAACAAACAAGAAUGCUCUGAACUGAAAUCCAAAACCGAAAAACUCGCUGGUUUGUUACGACAAGCCGCACGUGCCAGUAACGAUCUCUACGAACGCCCCACACGUCGUAUAAUCGACGAUACUGAACAGGUACUCGACAAAGCCCUUUCGUUAACUCUAAAAUGUAGAAAUAAUGGAUUUGUUAAGCGUGUUUUUACUUUAAUUCCUGCUGCGGCUUUUCGUAAGAUGUCGUCCCAGUUAGAAAACUCGAUAGGUGAUGUUUCGUGGUUAUUGCGUGUUUCUGCACCUAAUAAUAGUAUGGAUGAGUAUUUAGGGUUGCCCCCAAUUGCGGCCAACGAGCCGAUUUUGUGUUUUAUAUGGGAACAGAUUGCGAUUUUGUAUACCGGGUCGUUGGAGGAUAGGAGCGACGCAGCAGCGUCGCUCGUUUCGUUAGCUAGAGAUAAUCAUAGGUAUGGAAAGUUGAUUAUUGAAGAGGGUGGGGUUAAUCCGUUGCUUAAGUUAGUUAAGGAAGGGAAACCGGAAGGACAAGAGAAUGCGGCAAACGCUAUUGGGUUGUUGGGACGUGAUCCUGAAAGCGUGGAACAUAUGGUCCAUGCGGGUGUUUGUUCGGUUUUUGUUAAGGUUUUGAAAGAAGGCCCGAUGAAAGUUCAAGCUGUUGUUGCUUGGGCUGUUUCUGAACUUGUGAUGCAUUAUCCGAAAUGUCAGGAUUUGUUUGCGCAGCAUAAUAUUGUGAGGUUGUUAGUUGGGCAUCUUGCGUUUGAGACGGUUGAAGAGCAUAGUAAGUAUGCGAUUACUAGUAUUAAACCGACUUCUAUUCAUGCUGUCGUUUUAGCUAGUAAUAAUACUAAUACUGCUACUACGACGAAUACUAAUGUUGGUAAUAAGGUGAAUGAUGAUGAGGAUAAGAGUCGAGUUUCUCAUCCUACUGGUUCUAAUAACCAACAGACUUUUAAGAUGCAUAAUGUCGUUACUAGCACAAUGGCCAUGAAAGACGGUGUGAAACCUGGAAACGGGUCGUUACCAAAUACGCAGAAAACUGAAAAUGCCGUUAUCAAGAAACAUAACGUUCACCAUAAUGUUAGUCUUUCGAUGUCUACUAAUAGCUUACAUAAAGGGAGGGAGUUAGAGGACUCUGCGACAAAAGCAUAUAUGAAAUCAAUGGCUGCAAAAGCUCUUUGGCAUCUAGCUAAAGAUAAUUCCGUCAUAUGUAAAAGCAUUACUGAAUCCCGAGCCUUACUUUGCUUUGCUGUUCUAUUGGAAAAAGGUGCAGAAGAAGUUAGAUACAAUUCAGCAAUGGCUCUCAUGGAAAUCACUGCCGUAGCUGAACAAGAUUCUGAAUUGAGAAGAGCUGCUUUUAAACCGAAUUCACCAGCAUGUAAAGCUGUUACUGAGCAGUUACUACAAAUAAUUGAAAAAGCAGACUCCAGACUUUUAUAUCCAUGUGUUAUAGCCAUUGGUAACUUGGCUAGAACUUUUCGUGCUACUGAGUCACGAAUGAUUCAACCAUUGGUUCAGCUUCUUGAGGAACGAGAGCCCGAGAUUUCUAAAGAAGCUGCGAUUGCAUUGACCAAAUUCGCCUGUUCUGAAAACUACCUCCACCUUGAUCACUCAAAGGCAAUUAUCCGUGCCGGUGGUGCAAAACACUUGAUCCAGUUGGUGUACUUUGGGGAAGAAAUGGUUAAAACCCCUGCGUUGAUACUUUUAUGCUAUAUUGCUCUAUUCGUGCCUGAUAGUGAAGAUCUAGCACAGGCUGAAGUGCUUACUGUUCUUGAAUGGGCUUCAAAACAGUCUCAGUUUGUCCAAAAUGAAAUGGUGGAAACCCUUUUACAGGAAUCCAAAGGCAGGUUGGAACUCUAUCAAUCUAGAGGAUCAAGAGGUUUCCAUUAAAUUUUCAUUAUUCACAUGCGUAAGUUUGCUUAUUUAUCGCUAUUAGUUUACUUGCCAACAUAUGUGCUUAUUGUUUUCAUGUCGGGUACAUAAUAUUUAUCGUCACAUGUAAUAUUAUGUCAUUUUACAUAUUUGCAAAAACAUAUCCAAGCUUUCAUUCUUUGUUAUACCCAUUGUAAUGAUAUUCAAGUAAAUGACAAGUGGUCAUGCUUUAGAUUUGCGAUUUUCAAA